CACACACACACACACACAUAGUUCACCUACAGAUCUCACUUCUCACCUCAGCUGGACUCUCAGCACACGACAAACACAGCCGACGUUUUAUAGACGUUCAGGACAAAAUCUGAAGAUCACUGCAACUCUGGCAGAAUCUCUGAUUCCUGACUGAAUCUCUGUAGACUCUCAGCAGACUCUCUGUAGACUCUCAGCAGACUCUCUGUAGUCUCUCAGCUGAAUUUCGGCAGACUUUCAGGAAGUUCUCGGCAGACUCUCGGCAGACCUUCCACACACUCUCAGGAUGGCGAACACGGCUGCAGAGCUGGCCAGGAGGAAGGCACGGGAGGAGGACGGUACCGGCAGCCGGGCCAACGCCGUCCCCUUCAACAAGCAGAACUUUGAGCAGCUGCGGAGCGAGUGUCUGCAGACUGGCUCGCUCUUCUGUGACCCGACCUUCCCCGCAGGCUGGGACUCUCUGGGAUACAACCAGCUGGGACGCUACUCCUCCAAAACCGUCGGCGCCGAGUGGAAACGACCCGCGGAGCUGUGUUCUGAUCCUCGGUUUAUAGUUGAUGGAGCGAAGCGAACAGACAUCUGUCAGGGAGUGCUGGGUGACUGCUGGCUGCUGGCUGCCAUCGCCUCUCUGACUCUGGACCCUCAGAUCCUGAGCAGAGUGGUACCUCCUGGACAGAGCUUCAGCUCGCAGUACGCCGGCAUCUUCCACUUCCAGCUGUGGCAGUAUGGCGAGUGGGUGGACGUGGUGGUGGAUGACCGGCUGCCCACCAGAGACGGGAAGCUGAUGUUCGUCCACUCAGCGGAGGGAGGAGAGUUCUGGAGCGCCCUGCUGGAGAAGGCCUACGCCAAGGUGAACAGCUCGUACGAGGCUCUGUCCGGAGGGUCCAGCAUCGAAGGUUUUGAGGAUUUCACCGGAGGAAUCUCGGAGAGCUACGACCUGCAGAAAGCUCCGCCCUUCCUGUUUAACAUCAUGAAGAAGGCGCUGAAGCUCGGCUCGCUGCUCGGCUGCUCCAUCGACAUUUCCAGCUCGUAUGAGACGGAGGCCAUCACCGGUCAGAAGCUGGUCAAAGGUCAUGCCUACUCCAUCACUGCAGCACAGCAGGUUCAUCACUUUGGUUCUCCGGUGGAGCUGCUGAGGAUCAGGAACCCCUGGGGUCAGGUGGAGUGGACCGGAGCCUGGAGCGACAAUUCGAAGGAAUGGGACCGAAUUGAGCCGGAGGAGAAGAAGAAGCUGGAUCACUCUGCUGAUGACGGAGAGUUCUGGAUGUCCUACACUGAUUUCCUGCGUCAGUUUUCCCGCCUUGACAUCUGUAACCUGACACCUGACACGCUGACCAGCGACGACGUCGGACGCUGGAACUACGCCGAGUUUGAUGGCGCGUGGAGGGUUGGCUCCACCGCCGGAGGCUGCAGGAACUACCCGGCCACGUUCUGCUCCAACUCGCAGUUCUUCAUCCGGCUGGAGGACGUGGACGACGACCCGCACGACGGCGAGGACGGCUGCACCGUCCUGAUUGGUCUGAUGCAGAAAGACGCUCGCAGGGAGAGACGCUUCGGACGAGACCUCAACACCAUCGGGUUCUCCAUCUACCAGGUUCCUGAUGAGUAUAAAGGUCGUAGUAACGUCCACCUGGGCCCGGAUGUCCUGCUGAGGAAGACGGCGGUGGCUCGCAGUCAGACCUUCACCAACCUCAGAGAAGUGUGUGAACGCUUCAAGCUGCCACCCGGAGAAUACGCCGUCAUCCCGUCGACCUUCGAACCGCACCGCAAAGGAAGCUUCAUCCUGAGGGUGUUCACCGAGAAACAGGCCCACACCAGUCCGAUGGAGGAGGACGUUGGCGCCGACAUCCAGGAGCCGGACGUUGGACAGGACGACGUGGAUCCACACUUCAAACGUCUCUUCGUCCAGAUCUCUGGAAACGACUCUGAGAUCUCUGCCUUCGAGCUCCAGCAGAUUCUGGACAAAGUUAUUAAUCAGAGAUCUGAUGUGAAAACAGACGGCUUCACUCUGCCGACCUGCCGCAGCAUCAUCAGCCUGCUGGACAUUGAUAACAGCAGUAAACUGGGUCUGCUGGAGUUUCACCGUCUGUGGACGAAGAUCCAGAAAUACCUGGAGAUCUUUAAGAGUCACGACUCAGACGGUUCUGGUACCAUGAGCAGCCACGAGAUCAGAGCAGCUCUGGCUCAAGCUGGGUUCCAGGUCAACAGCUCUGUGAUUCAGGAGAUCGUUGGUCGUUACGCCGACAGGAGUUUCGCCAUCGACUUCGACGGUUUUGUCGGCUGCCUGAUCCGCCUGGAGCUGCUCUUCAAGAUGUUCAGAACUCUGGACCAGAAGAACCAGGGAAAGAUCCAGCUGGACCUGCAGCAGUGGGUCUGCCUCGCCAUCAACUGACCACCGCACCGCACCGCACCGCACCACGAGCAUGCUGGGAGUUUUCACCUGCAGAGAUUAAACCUGUUGAUCAUCAAUACAUGUUUUAAAUCUGUCAAAACUUUAUACAUUUUUAAAUAAAACACAAUCUGAACAUGUUCCUCUAAAA